CUACAGCAGCAGCGUGAUAUAACCAAUAACCAACAUGGCCAUGGGGACGUUAUCGAGAGUUGUCAGACUGAGUUCAUGCAUCGGCAGAAGUCGGCGGUUAAUAUUUAACAGCACACAGAGACGAGGAAUCGCUUCGUGUAUUGACCCUUCUCAUGGCCUCAGUGAUGAACAGAAGGAGUUUCAGAAGAUGGCCUUUGACUUCGCAGCCCAUGAAAUGUCUCCACACAUGGCCGAGUGGGAUGAAAAGGAAAUCUUCCCGGUGGAGACCAUGCGAAAGGCUGCCCAGCUGGGGUUUGGGGGGAUCUAUGUACAGCCGGAGGUGGGGGGAUCUGGCCUGUCUCGCCUGGACACCUCUGUCAUCUUUGAGGCGUUAUCGACAGGCUGUGUCAGCACCACAGCCUACAUCAGCAUUCAUAACAUGUGUAACUGGAUGAUUGACACCUUCGGCAACACCGAGCAGAGGGAGAAGUUCUGCCCUGAGCUUUGUACGAUGGACAAGUUUGCCUCUUAUUGUCUCACUGAACCAGGCAGUGGCAGUGAUGCUGCUUCGUUACUCACUACUGCGAAGUUGGAAGGAGACCAUUAUAUCCUCAAUGGUUCCAAGGCCUUCAUCAGUGGAGGAGGAGACACAGACGUGUACAUAGUAAUGUGUCGGACGGGAGGGAAAGGUCCCAAGGGGAUCUCCUGUGUGGUGGUGGAAAAAGACACUCCAGGACUCAGCUUUGGCAAGAAGGAGAAGAAGGUGGGAUGGAACUCUCAGCCAACUAGAGCAGUGAUCUUAGAGGACUGCCACGUCCCAGUGACCAAUCGGCUGGGUCAGGAGGGACAGGGCUUCAACAUUGCUAUGAGAGGCCUGAACGGAGGCAGGAUCAAUAUUGCCUCUUGUUCUCUUGGGGCGGCCCAUGCAUGUGUACAGCUGGCGAGAGAUCACCUGCUAGUACGCAAGCAGUUUGGAGAGGCUCUCUCUAACAACCAGUUCCUGCAGUUUAAGUUGGCAGAGAUGGCAACCAAGCUAGUGGCAUCACGUCUGUUGCUACGCGAGGCUGCCGUGGCACUGCAGGAGAGCAGGUCUGACGCUGUGUCCCUCUGCUCCAUGGCCAAACUCUUUGUCACUGACGAGUGCUUCAACAUCUGUAACCAGGCACUCCAAAUGCAUGGUGGAUACGGUUACCUCAAAGACUACGCUGUUCAACAGUUUGUCCGGGACAUUAGAGUACACCAGAUACUGGAGGGAACAAAUGAAGUGAUGCGGAUGAUAAUUGCCAGAAGUUUACUGUCAGAGUCUGGAUAAAUGUAAUGCCAUGGGCCAUCCAAAAUGGACUUGCUCCUGUCUUGAAGGGAUGGUGGUGGCAGCCAUCAUGUGGCGUUUGACUGUGACUGGAUCCCUCAAGUGUCUUUUAAAGGGGGAAAAUACUAUAGCAGUUUUGUUUGAGAUUGCAAACAGGACAGGAAGACCUAAUGACAGCAUGGAAUUAAAUAAUGUUAGGUGAUUUAAAUAAGUUACUCAUUGGAGAUACAGUAUGGAAGUGGAACCACGUUGGAAAUGUAAUAUUUCUCCAUGCUGUAUUUUGUGGUGAAGCUUUUUGGUUGUCUUGCAAUAAAAACAAUGCAUCUAUAUAUAUAUUUUUUUACCUUCAAUGACAGAGGUUUAACUGCCUGUUCAGGGGCAGAACGACAGAUUUUUACCUUGACAGCUUGGGGAUUUGAACUUGCAACCUUCCGGUUACUAGUCGAACGCUCUAACCACGAGGCUGCCCUUGCCGCCCCAGAUUGUUAGUUUGAUAUCGUGGCUUUUCAUGUGUAUUCAGUUAUGAUAACGUUUGGUUCUCAUGAUAAUUCCAGUUUAAUCCUAAAACAACUGUGGCGGGUUGGAUAACUGUAAAGUUUCAUGUAUGGUGUGUGUACUAUAAUAUUUGGUCAUUUACACUCAACUGACAGCACUAGAUACGUUUAAAUGUGAAUGUUCUCAGCUGUGGUACUACAUUACGAUAAACCAUGUUUAAAGUGUUAAAACGGCUGCAUUGGACCUUUAUGUACCUGUGAUGCAAA